AUGUCUGAUAGAACGACACGCAGCAAACGAAGCAAGCGUAAUAAUGCCGUCAGCAAUGUCCAUUACGUCGGCUAUGUUGAGGAUGAGGAGUCCGUCGAAGCCAUCAUGAAGAAAUUCGAGGAACUCGAGAGGAUCCAAAGUGAAAUCGCUGGCAGUUCAACACCUGGCACACCUGAUAUCACUGACAACGAUGUCCACAUGGCUUCACCCGAUGUCAAUGCGGCAGCAGCAGAGGCACGACCUUUAACAGAAGAGCAGCUGGAGGAAGUGUUUAAGCGAACGUCGGCUUUCACUGUCAAAAGUGCUAUGAUUGAUACGAAUGAGGAGGAUGUGGAUGCGCUUGAAUUAUGGCAAAUCGAGUUUCAAGAUGGCAAUACGGAAGAAUUAUUUGAGGAAGAUGAUUACAUGCAUGUCGACGAUGAUUUCUGGGAUCAAGAAUUUGGCGAUGCACCACCACGACCGAAAAGAGGACGACGUGCUGCUACUCCACGUGAACGACCUACACCAACGGGACGACGAGGAUUGGACCGGGAUAGUAUCAUUGCGAAAUACCGAAUCAUGCAAGUGCAAGUGCAGGAUCAAAAUGGCAACUUUUUCAUGGUCAAAAAACGUGUCAGUGCUCUUGAUCCAGGCUUACCAACCUACGUCAAGAUCCCUGGAGCACCAAUUCCUCGUUCAUGGGUACAUCAAAUUAUGGAAAUACCACGGAUAAGAAAGUAUUCUGGAUCACAUUUACAUGAGGUGGAUGAUAUCUUAUCUUUGGAUCUCAAGGAAUAUGGCACAGACUUUAAAGCAAUCUAUAUGGACCCUCCAUUGUUAUUACCAGGCGAAGAGCCUACACCUGGAAAGAUCCAUGUCGAUGAUUUGCUACGGUUAAACAUACCAGAGGUGAUUCCUUGCGGCUUCCUCUUUAUUUGGCUUGAAAAGGAAUGGUUGCGACGCAUCGUUGAGAUAGGAGAGCAAUGGGGAUUUAAAUAUGUUGAGAACUUUUGCUGGAUCAAGAAGAACAUCAACAACCAAAUUCACACAAGCCCAGGCACUUAUUUCAAAAAGAGCAAGCUCACCCUACUGGUAUUCCGAAAGGAAGGAGACGUGGAACUUCGACAUCAACGUAAUCCAGAUUGUGUAUUUGACUUUGUAAAACCCAUGUUGCCUGGAGAAUCCACUGAGUCCAAGCCUUCCUUUAUAUAUCAUGUCAUUGAGACCAUGUUACCAGGAGCAACCUAUCACCCAGAGACCAACCCUGAUGGAAAAGGCCUUUUGCAAUUAUGGGCGAAAAAGGGCCAGCAGAGGACAGGUUGGACAACGAUUAUCGAGAAAAAUGAUUAG